CGGGCGCGGCGGGCCGGGCCGGCGGGCGGCGGGCUAUGAGGCGCCCACCAUGGUGCGAUGCGACCGCGGGCUGCAGACGCUGCUGACCACGGCCGGAGCCUUCGCCGCCUUCUCGCUCAUGGCCAUCGCCAUCGGCACGGACUACUGGCUCUACUCCAGCGCGCACAUCUGCAACGGCACCAACCUGACCAUGGACGACGGGCCCCCGCCCCGCCGCACCCGCGGCGACCUCACCCACUCGGGGCUGUGGCGCGUGUGCUGCAUCGAAGGGAUCUAUAAAGGACACUGCUUUCGGAUCAACCACUUCCCAGAGGACAACGAUUACGACCAUGACAGCUCGGAGUACCUCCUCCGCAUUGUGCGCGCCUCCAGCGUCUUCCCCAUCCUGAGCACCAUCCUGCUCCUGCUCGGCGGGCUCUGCAUCGGCGCCGGCAGGUUCUACAGCCGCAAGAACAACAUCGUGCUCAGCGCCGGCAUCCUCUUCGUGGCCGCAGGCCUCAGUAAUAUCAUCGGCAUCAUCGUCUACAUUUCCAGCAACACGGGCGACCCCAGUGACAAGCGCGACGAAGACAAGAAAAACCAUUACAACUAUGGCUGGUCUUUUUACUUCGGAGCCCUGUCGUUCAUUGUGGCCGAGACCGUGGGCGUCCUGGCGGUAAACAUUUACAUUGAGAAGAACAAGGAGCUGCGGUUUAAGACCAGACGUGAGUUCCUCAAGGCCCCCUCCUCGUCGCCCUAUGCCAGGAUGCCGAGCUACCGGUACCGGCGCCGGCGCUCGCGGUCCAGCUCUAGGUCCACCGAGGCCUCGCCUUCCAGGGACACGUCGCCGGUGGGGCUGAAGAUCACCGGGGCCAUCCCCAUGGGCGAGCUGUCCAUGUACACGCUGUCCAGGGAGCCCCUCAAGGUGACCACGGCCGCCAGCUACAGCCCGGACCAGGACGCUGGCUUCCUGCAGGUGCACGGCUUCUUCCAGCAGGACCUCAGCAUGCUGAGCCGGAGGACCACGCCCGUGUGAGCCCUGCCUGGCCUGUCCGCGCCAGCCUCUCCCCAGAUCGGCUGCCUGGGCCCCACGGGGCCUCUGACCGCUAGGACGGACGGAGGACAGACUAAAGCCAAACCCCACCCUCCCGGGUCCCCAAAUGCUUGGAGGGCUGGCUUGGAGCGAAGCCUGGGGGAGACAGGAACUGGAAGCGAAAUGGCUGACUUUAUCCCCAAAUGUGGCUUUUGAUGCCGGGGCGUCCCGAAAGCUCCCAGGAGGCCCCAGAGCACUCCAGAGGCAGCAUGGCCGAACCCACCUGGGAAACAAAACGGAGCCAUUAUCUCCUCUUGGGAACAAAUCCUGCCUGAAGAGCAGCGUUCCGGGGCCCCCCUCCCUGCCCGGCUUCCUGGCCCUCUGGAGCCUUUGGUCGCUGGUCAGCUGCUUUUGGACGUGAGGUUCCCAUGUCUGUGAGCCACAGGCGAGGAAGCUGAAGCUCGUCCCUGCCUCUCUGUCUGUCUGUCUGUCUCCGGCAGCCGCCAGUUGUUGAGAUGGCUGCGAUCCUAAGGACAGAGCCUGUGACCACCUGGUGCUUUCGCCUUUGUGCUGUCCUUGGCUGCUGCCCUCGGCCUGGGGUCUCUGAGGCCUGUGGAGGUAUCUGAAGGUGGGGGGCUGAGCAUAAGUUAAAGGCUUUCCUCUUCACUUCUGGAAGUUUCUGCUCACAGAAAGGGUGGAAUAUGCUGACUGUACUUCAGAGUCUGGAAGAUUCUACGGUCAGAGGAAAGGUGGCCGAGCGGCCUCUUACUGUGUCCCUUCCCACCCCUGCCCACUGGCCUGAGGAGCAGCACUGUCCCUCCUAGGGGGUCAAGCUGGGAGGGAUAGACCCUCCUCCCAGGGGUUGGCAACAGGAGCCUGGACUUUGUGCAAGAAAGGGAGACUUGAGGGUGAACAGUGAGGAAAAGCCCCAUUUCCCGGGUGGUCACUCAUCAGAAAAGCCAGGACACUCGGUCCCUCUUGAAAAGUAGGAGCAGCCCCUGCCCCACUCCUAUGACUGUUGUUUAUUCUGCCAGCACCCAAAAGCAUCGGUGAGGAAGUGCGGAAGCAGCAGCUAAGUGGACGUCCCGGCCCCGGGAAGGGAGGCUGGCAGGUUCCACGGCUGGUGAUUUUCCUAGCUGUUUCUCCCCUAGAAGCGAGCAGAGAACCUGGAAGCCUGUCGGUCUCAGAGGAUCGCUUUCUGGAGCCGACCCUGUUUUAUACAAAUGCGGGCUUUCUAACGACAAACCCUUUCUUACUUUUUGAAACUUGGCGAUGGCUCUAGAGCAGCUGUCGGUAAUCCCAGUAGCCGUCGUACUUAGAAGUGA